AUGACCGCGUUAGGCGAAUUAAAACCAUUUGACGGAGAAAAGUGGGAGGUGUUUGAGCAACAGUUCGAAUGUUUUAUCUUAGUUAAUGAUAUAACUGAAGAAAAAAAAGUGCCUUUAUUAAUUACCAAAUUAACGGCCAAAGUGUUCGAAACACUGACUUAUUUAUGUUCACCAAAACAACCAAAGGAUUUAACUUAUAAAGAACUAGUAAAGAGACUUCAAGACAAAUAUGUCAAGACUUUAUCAACAACACUGGAAAGAGCCGAAUUUCGGAAAAGAAAUCAGUUGCCAAAGGAAAAAAUUCAGGAUUAUGCUCUCGAGCUGAGAAAGCUGGCUGGAAAAUGCAAUUUUAAAGAUGCCGAAGAUCAAAUUAAAGAAAAGUUCAUGGAAGGUGUGUCAUCAAAACUGAUCAAGUUCGAAUUAAUGAAAAGUCCGCCUGAAAUGACCUUGGAUAAAUGCAUCGAAUUAGGAAGAACGGUUGAAGCCGCUUUGCUCCACACAGGUAGCUCUGAAUGUGUGACUGAAAUGUUUUAUAACCGAGAGAAAGCAAAGCCAACUUACAAACCAAGGAAAAUGGAUAAUAGCAAUAAACUUGGAGGACAAUGUUACUGUUGUGGAAAACAUAAUCACAUUAAAGCAGAGUGUACUCUAAAAAAUAAAUUUUGUUCAGAAUGUGGAGUUCAAGGACACAUAUUCAGAAUGUGUCCCAAAAGAUCAAAACAAGUUAAUGUAAUAGAAACCACUACAUCAGGAAAUGAGGACGGUGAACGGGUGGAAACACCAGAGCACAAUUUGUAUGAAGGGUAUACAACAUAUACCGUUAACAGUAUGCAGAACAAUUAAUAAGAGACCGGUUUGCAGAAAUAUUUGAACCUGGAUGGGGGAAUUUCAAGGGCGAGGUGAUCAAUUUAAAACUGAAGCCUAAUGCUCAACCCAGGUGUCUACCAGCCAGGCGAGUACCCUAUGCACUGCGUGAAAAGGUAAAUGAUGAAAUUACUAGAUUGGUAGGAAAUGGUAGAAUUACAGCAGUCGAACAUAGUGAGUGGGGUACUCCAGUAGUACCUAUCAUAAAACCUGAUGGCUCGGUCAGGCUCUGUGGUGACUAUAAAUUAACUGUGAAUCCUUGUAUGGAAAUUGAUCACUUCCCUUUGCCUCAUGUUGAUGAUAUUUUAAAUUCUUUAAAGAAUGGCGAAUAUUACUGUGAACUGGACUUAAAAGAGGCAUAUUUGCAGGCUCCACUUAGUGAGGAUAGUAAAGAUUGUACAACUAUAGUAACAGAAUCAGGAACAUACAAAUAUAAUUACUUGCCCUUCGGGGUAAGUUCCGGCCCUGGGGCUUUCCAACGUUUAAUGAAAAAAACAUUAGCUAAUAUUCCUAAUACUGUAGUGUUUAUCGAUAACAUUUACAUAAAGGGUGAUUCGUUGCAAGACACUUAUGAAACAUUGUGUCAAGUCUUAAAAAAGUUGCAUGAUUGUGAAUUCAAAUUAAAAUCACAAAAGUGUAAGUUUUUUACUACUCAUCUAGAUGUAUUUGGGUACCGUGUAAACAAGAAUGGUAUCAGUGUGAUUCAGUCUAAUAUUGAACCAUUGUUAAAUGCUAAUGCACCAAAAAACCUGACCAUGCUCAGAUCAUUCUUGGGUAAAAUAAACUACUACUCUCGAUUUUUACAAGACAUGGCUACAACGCUAGCACCUUUAUAUGAAUGUACUAAAAAAAACAAAUUUAUCUGGACAACAGACUGUGAUGAAGCAUUUACGAAAAUAAAAAGAAAAUUAGCUUCUGCAGAUAAUCUUAGACAUUAUGAUCCUAAUUUGCCACUGAUCUUGACUUGUGAUGCUUCAGAUACCGGGCUCGCAGUAGUAUUAUCCAAUAGAGAUGAACAGGGUGUUGUAAAACCGAUUGCAUAUGCUAGUAAAAAAUUAAAUGAUGUUGAAAGAAAGUAUUGUACAAUAGACAAAGAAGCAAUGGCAGUGAUUUUUGGAAUCACCAAAUUUUACAAUUAUGUUUAUGGUCGUUUCUUUGAGCUUGAAACUGACAAUGCAGCUCUGACAAGAAUUUUUGGCCCAACUAAAAGUAUUCCAAAAAUGGCUGCCAAACGAUUGCAACAUUAUGCAAUUUUUUUAUCUGCAUUUAAUUAUAAAAUAAGGCAUAUAAAAACCAGUAUUAAUCCAGCUGAUUUUCUAUCAAGGUCCGUGUCUGAACAAAAGGAUAAUAUAAAUGAUGAUAUAAAUAUUCAUCCUGUAUUUGUGAACGCUAGUUAUAGUGUGUUGAGUUAUACUAACGAUUCCAACAUGAAAACCUUAGAUUGGAAAACAAUUCAAACAGAAUCAAAAAAAGAUGUUGUUUUGUCCAAAUUAAUAAGGUAUUUGACAGAUGGCUGGCCAGAAAAGAAAAACUUAGAUAAAGAAGUGUUACCAUUUUAUAGCAGAAGGAAUGAGUUAACUAUGGACAGAGGUUGCUUAUUUUGGGGAUAUCGAAUAUUAAUACCUCACACUGUUCGAGAAUCGGUUUUGGUUGAAUUGCAUAAAAGUCAUUUUGGAAUCAUUAGAAUGAAAGAAAUCGCACGCUCAUAUUUUUGGUGGCCGAACCUUGACUCAGAAAUAGAAAACAUUCCCAAAAAAUGUAUAACUUGUUUGCAAAAUAGUAAAACGCCUUCGAAAACACAGAAACCGUGGCCUGUUCCCCCUUCAGUGUGGUACAGAAUUCAUGCUGAUUUCCUGGGCCCAUUUUAUAAUAAAAUGUUUCUGGUCAUAGUAGACAGUUAUUCUAAAUGGCCAGAGAUAUAUGAAAUGACUAAUAUUACUAGCUCUCGUACAAUAGAGGUAUUUGAAAGUGUAUUUUCUCGUUUUGGAUAUCCAGUUCAUUUGGUGACAGACAAUGGUCCUACAUUCACCAGUCAGAAUUUUAAAGACUUUUGUAGUAAUGGCAACAUUAAGCAUACAUUUUCACCGCCGUAUCAUCCAGCGACGAACGGUGCAGCUGAACGAUUUGUGGAAACUUUUAAGUCCGCUAUUACUAAAAUUAAAGAGAGUGGACUAGAUUUACGAUCUUCUAUCAAUCUGUUUAUGUUUGACUAUAGAAGUACACCACAACGCACUACAGGAAUAUCACCUGCUCGCCUAAUGUUAAACCGAGAAGUAAGAAAUAGAUUUAGUUUAUUGCGCCCUCCUCCUCUGUCAGAAGUGGUGCAGGAGAGAGUGGAAAAAAGGGACCAAGGGAGAAGGGAUAUCAGCUUUGUAAUAGGUCAGAAAGUAAUGGUUAAAGACUACAGGAAGGACAGCAGGCCGUGGGUUCAAGGGCUUGUUAUAGAGGAGUCAAUACCAGGAACUACCUAUGUGGUAGAUGUAGAAGGGUUUAAGUGGAAACGUCACAUAAAUCAGAUGUUAAGCUGUUCUAAUGAGUUAGAAGAUUUAUGUUAGUUUA